AUGGCCACUUCUCCCCGAGUCAUCGUCGUUGGUGGUGGAUUGUCCGGUCUGAGUGCCGCCCACACCGUCUACCUGAACGGAGGCAAUGUCCUCGUUCUUGACAAGCAGGCCUUCUUCGGUGGCAACUCCACCAAGGCUACUUCCGGUAUCAACGGUGCCCUCACCCGUACGCAAGUCGAGCUGGGGAUUCAGGACAGCGUCAAGACUUUCUACGAAGAUACCCUUAAAUCUGCCCGGGACAAGGCUCGUCCUGAGCUGAUUAAGGUCCUUACAUACAAGUCCGCUGCUGCGGUUGAAUGGCUGCAGGAUGUUUUCAACCUCGACCUCACUCUUGUUUCUCGUCUUGGUGGUCAUUCCCAGCCCCGUACACACCGUGGCCACGAUGCCAAAUUUCCUGGUAUGGCCAUUACAUACGCUCUCAUGCAGCGGUUAGAAGAGCUCAGCGAGAAGGAGCCUGAGCGAGUACAAAUCGUCAAGAAGGCUCGUGUCACCUCCGUCAACAAGUCUGGAGACACAGUCACCGGUGUCACCUACGAGCUGAACGGCCAGACCAAGACCGCAGACGGAGUCGUCAUCUUGGCUACUGGUGGUUACGCUGCCGACUUUGGCGACGGCUCUCUCCUGAAACAACACCGUCCCGACACCUUCGGCCUGUCCAGCACCAACGGCACUCAUGCCACAGGUGAUGGUCAGAAGAUGCUGAUGGCUAUCGGCGCCAACGGUAUUGACAUGGACAAGGUUCAGGUGCACCCUACCGGUCUGGUUGACCCGAAGGAUCCCACCGCCAAGUUCAAGUUCCUUGCUGCUGAGGCCCUCCGUGGUGAGGGUGGUCUCCUGCUCAACUCGGACGGACAGCGCUUCUCUGACGAGCUGGGCCACCGUGACUACGUCUCGGGCCAGAUGUGGAAGGAGAAGGAGAAGGGCAAGUGGCCCAUCCGCCUGAUCCUCAACAGCAAGGCCUCUAAUGUUUUGGACUUCCACACCCGUCACUACUCCGGCCGUGGUCUGAUGAAGAAAAUGACCGGCAAGGAGUUGGCCAAGGAGAUCGGCUGUGGCGAGGCUGCUCUCAAGAAGACUUUCGAUGAGUACAACCUCAUCGCUGAGGGCAAGAAGAAGGACCCCUGGGGCAAGCGCUUCUUCCACAACCUGCCCUUUGACAUCAACGAUGAAUUCCAUGUUGCCCUCAUGGAGCCUGUCUUGCACUUCACCAUGGGUGGUAUCGAGAUCAACGAGCACGCUCAGGUCCUCAACUCCGAGAAGAAGCCUUUCGAUGGUCUCUACGCUUGCGGUGAGCUUGCGGGUGGUGUCCACGGUGCCAACCGUCUUGGUGGUUCUUCUCUGCUGGGCUGCGUUGUGUACGGUCGUGUUGCUGGUGACAGUGCCAGCGAAUACCUGUUCAAGAAGCUGACUUCCGGCUCCACCACCGCCCAACAGCGUCUGGGCCAAAUUUCUUUGCACAUCGAUCCUUCCACCCCCGGCAAGAUCUCCGUCGAGUGGAACGGCAGCGGCGCUGGCGGUGCUCAGUUGCCUGCUGCCCCUGAGACUGUCCAGACUGGCGGUCAGGGCGCCCCCGCCCCCGCCGCCGCUGCCGAGGCCUCGAAGCCCAACGACAUCUCCAACUUCAAGAUUCCGGAGAAGGAGUACACCAUGGAGGAGGUUGCCAAGCACAACAAGAAGGAUGACCUCUGGAUCGUUGUUAAGGGUGUUGUCUUAGACGUGACCAACUGGCUUGAUGAGCACCCCGGCGGUGCCAAUGCCCUCUACAACUUCAUGGGCCGUGAUGCUACGGAAGAAUUUGCUAUGCUUCACGACGACGAAGUCAUCCCCAAGUACGCUGCCCAGAUCGUCAUCGGUCGGGUCAAGGGCCAGACUCCCAGCCUGGAGUUCUAA